AGCAGUGCAGUUGGGAAUUUUGUGUUUCGAUUGUUCUCUGGUAACUGUAGACGGAUUAUAUUCCGCAAGCAUAUCUUGAAUUUUUUGAAUUUUGAUUUUAUUUUUUCUCUUCUUGUGCGAAUGUGAUUUCGAGGGUGUAACAAACCUCAGACCAACUCACUAUGGCGAAAACACAACUUGUGGCAUCGCAGUUGGGCGUGCCUGCCGAGCGGACAGGGAGUAAGCCAUUCGAUUUCGCCUCGCCGAGAGGGUUCGCAUCGCCACUGACUUCACCGGCCGACCUGUUGGCACCAUUUUUACCUUCAGGCUCGAAACAUGAUGAGGCAUCUCAGAGGGACGCAGCAGAAUGGCCGGAGAAGCCCAGCCAAGGUGUACUCUUGCAUGCAUCUUCUCUUCUUGUGCUAGCCCUGCUUAAGGGGAUCGACUAUACAAUCGCACUGGAAAAACUAGGAUUUUUUCGUCAAGAAAGUAGUUACUAUUUGAUGUGACUGGGAAGGGGAACCGUCCAAUUCCAAAGGCUAAGACCACGGACCGAAAAGUUAUAAAGCAAUUUGAAUCUUCACUGCAACAGUGUCCAAGGAGGAGACCGAUGUGCUGUGCCGUUGGUGCUUCUUCCUACUCGUCACGUCGCCGUUUGGCGCGGGGGUCCUGACACUACCCUACACUAUCACAGAAGGAGGGCUCGUCUUUUCAGCUUUUAUAUUCGCAUUUUGUGGGUUACAGUCUGGGCUUUCGAAUUUGUACCUUUGCCUUCUAGCUUAUGAGGGUCGUGCCAACAAGUUCUACCCGAUUUUGUUCGUUAAACAAUUCACAUCGUACAAUGCCUGUGCAAGAAAGCUACUAUGCUAGAAGCAGAAGUGAUUCUAUCUAUCUCAGUAAGUGGAGCUUACGUAUUGAUGUAGAAGUUGGGUUCCAUGAAUUAGCAUCGUGCAGAUAUAAUAGCAGACAACCAGUACUGCAACGAGUGGGCGUUCUUGACGGUCCUGUUUUCAUAUACUGCGACAUUUUUGUUGCAGUAAGUAUGGGGAUCUUCUUGAGUGCGUUGUGCAGAAGGUAUUUGGCGCUGAAGACUAUGCGGGAAGAAGCGGAACGCACGAAAAGCCCCAAGAUGACUCAAAAGAGGAGAGAAACGAGCAGGAGAAGGCAUUAAGACAUGAGUUCAAUUCUUUGAUGGUAUUUACAUACUCAAUCAUAAUGGAUCUGCAGUCUCUAGCUGUAUGUCCUAGAAUUUAGCAGGCACAACUUGUACUACUGUCUACUUGAAUCACGACUCUGCUUCCUUGUGCUGGUACUGUGUACUUGAGUCACGACGUCUCUACCUGUCAUCUCUAAUGGCAGAGGAUGAAGAAGGUCCAACGGCGACAGCAGUAGUACGGCAAGUUCCUUCGUGUGAAAUCAUGAUGCACAUCGACGAAGAGGGUGAAGAGGACUCCGAAAAAGCCGCUUCGUUUUUGCAGGGUAGAGCCGCCAAUUAUGAAUACUAGGUCAUGCUCAUGCUACAUCUGGUACUGUGCUAUUUACUACUACUAAAAUAUUCAUCCGUUCCUCAACAUCGUUGUUUUUUCUUGGCAGACGAGAGAAGAUGAGAUGAAAAAACUAGAAUUAGCGGACAAAACACCAGGAAUAGAAUUUUCUGAUCGAUGGGUGAAAUGAAAUUUAGGUAAACUACGUAGGGCCUCAGCAUUGUUAAUUACGAAAACAAAAAGCAAGCUAAUACCAAUCGCUACUCGAGAGUAUUCAUUUUCUACUACUUUCAUACCAGCAAAGCGAGCGACUCUUUUCUUGCCCGCGAUGCCUCGACUACCUCUGCUGGAGGCGAGGAGUCUGGGAGCUGCUCCGGGUCAUCCGGUGAACCUGAAUAUAAGCUCGUUCCUAUGACAAAACCAGCCUUCUGUCGAACACUGUCUCAGGAGCAACUUUCUCAGAAAAUCUAUGAUCUGCAGAGGACGACACCAACAACAGCCUCUGGUACAACUGCAGGACAUCAAGACAAAAACAAAUUAGGCUUCAGCUCAAGUGGAGUUCCAGGAGCUGCAUUAGUCGUGAAGAUGCGAACGGAGCGGUUCUUGGUGCAGAGCUUUGACAUGAUUAUGUCUGCCAUGACGUUGUUGGCUGUGUCCUCGUACUUCAUGUUUCUCGCGGAUUUCGUGACGGAGCUGUUGGCAGUCGCUCUGCCACCAGAGUCGCUACCCUCUCGUUCCACAGUGAUCAUUUAUGGGUGUAGGGAAUUCAUCGUCUCCAAAUGAGUCAUCUGAGAGAGAGAGAAGAACACAAGAGGAGAAAGUGGCCCCCAGAUGAUCCCCGAGAUGGAUUCCCUAUACCUCUAAGUCAUGUGCCUAGGAUGCGUCGCGCUACCUGCUGCCACCAUCGACAAGCUGACGGAGUUGAAGUUCCUUUCGAGCUUCAGUUUGGGUUCGAUGCUCUUCCUGAUCGCAGUGGUGUUUGUGGAAGCAAGCUUAGGUCCUGCUUGUGGAGAAGGCGCUAGUGCGACUCUUGUGCUGCCCUCUAGUUCGGAUCAUGCGACAUCCGCGGCAACAACGGGAAGCCCGUUGCAGCUUCUCGAAGUAGACUCCAUUGUGCCGGUCUCGCCCCUGGAAGAGACGCAGGGAAGUGGGCUUCUACAAGGAGCACUAGAGGGCAGUGGUUUUGGCGAAAAUAUUGUCAUCAUGAAGACGGAAAAUACAAGAUCAACUACAACUACCUUGUCAUUUUGGCCGCCAGUGUCUCACCUUUCAGAACCAAAAAUUGACCCUGGAGGUCCGCCUCGGAGUACUCUUCUAACAACGUCAAUUUAAGGGUAGGUUGAAGGUGUUCUUGUUACCGUUCGCUUUGCCUUUCUGAAGGGGGAAAGGCAUAACGAAAGGGGUAAACGAACACCAAGAGCCUACCUCUAUUAGAUGCCUGGGCAGCUCUGGCCACUGACAGUCGCAGCAGGGACCAAUGCUUACUCUGUGGUCUUUUUUUCGAAUGUGAAUCAGAUGUGCUCCGUUGCCGUCGCAGCGGACGUGCUGAAGUCUGGGGUUUCCUCCUCACGACUCCGUUACCUUACCCUCACAGCGGCUGGCACGGUUGCUGCGCUUUACUUUGCCGUUGCCUUCGCUGUGUAUUCGAAAAACGGGGCGCAGACAGACCCGAAUUUCCUGGCGAACUACGCUGUCCAUGACCCCGCUAUCAUCUUGUCGAGGUUGCUGCUUACCGGUACUGGUUUUAUUGAUUUACUCUUUAAAAAAGAGUACGAGGUACGAUUGUUGGUUCGCGGCGUCGUCAUGUAGACUACUUUCACAACACGAAAUUUUAAAAGUAUCGAGUCCUAUGAUGCAGAAGUAGAGCGCAUUACAAUCCCAGUACCAUUUUUGAAUCGACCGCCCUGAGGUUCAUUCAAAUCAGGUGUUCUUUUUCUCUCGGUGACGGUGGACUUGUUUACUGCUCGACAAGCAGUCGGGCGCAUUCUUGGUGCCUGGUUAGGGCUAGACAGUCUUGACGAGCGAAUAUUCGUUAGGACGGCAAUCGCGGUAAGCGUCGUAUGCAUCUGCGUCAUGAUUGCGUGUUGGGUCACCAACGUCGCGACUGCGAUAAGCGUACUGAUUCUGAUUUCAUUCUUGCAAGUACGUACUUAGAUCCAAGCAAGAGUGUAGGGGUACAGUUUUUUCAUGUUGCACCCACUCCUUCGACGGCGUUUUUGUCUUCAUGUAUCUCCCCGUCCUUGGCCUACACAUCAUAAUUCAUACCGCUUACCGGACGGGAAAAUAACUAAGUACAUCAUGUCGUAUUAUAUGGACAGGUAAUCAGUUCUUUAUUCGCUUCGUGCGUAGCCAUGGCGGUGCCUGGCUUAAUGGCGUUCGCUUGUCCGGAAGUCUCAUUGCCGCUGCGACCCGUCGGUCCCGCUCUGCUAGUACUCCUCACUGUAGUUCUCUGGCUCAACAUUUUUUCAGAAUUUGUGCAAGUGCAAACUUCAUAGGCAGAUACCCCAAUCGCUACAUCGAUACUGAUACCCCAAUGAUCGCUAGAUCGAUGGUCGUCUCGUGUUGAAGAGAUAGUAUCUAAUGUGUGAUAACUUGUGAAUUUGAAGGUCAUGUACGUAGUAUCGCUGUAGCUAUUGCACGCAGCUUUUCCGCCUGGUGUCUCUUAUUCUUAUGGCGGCUAAGAUUUGUUUUCUAUUUUGCUUGCGAACUUAUGGCGCGACAUCAGCAGUGUUGGGUGGGGCUCUCAACGUCCUCCUCUAACAUCGAGAAGCAAAAUGUACUCUGAAGUCAAAUGAAAGUGGACUCAUUUUCCGCCAGCGUUGCUCGCGUAAUAAAAGACAUACAAGUUUUUCCACUAACAUAAACUUAACCCACUGAAUAAAGAAAAGUAGAACACAAGGACUAAGCUUAACUUUCCCGAGGCUACUAAAGUUUACUAAGUUACCUCAAGUAGAUCAAAACAGUUAUUUUUGAAGGCAAUACCCCACGAUUGGGUACACUACUACAUACGUCUGUAGAAAGGAGGAUCUUGUUCUAUACUCUUGUACAAUUAGUACGAGCAUUUGGUUGAUCCAAGAAGCUUACUUACCUAUACUACCUACUAGUACGGUAAACGCACGACCGCUGCAGCUGUACCCAAUACGCAAACUAUCUACCAUGGUAAAUGCACCGCUCAAGCUCCUCCAACUUGCUGCCUCAUACUCAUAACUCUUUUAUCAAUCCUGUAUUCCUCCACCUCCUUUUUCCCUUCCUGAAAGCAACUUCCAUAUUUUCACAGCACCAUAUUGCUUACUAGAAGGAACAAGAUGCUGAAUCAUUUUCCUUAGCACGACUACAUCUUACUUGUUUGCUUGGUGUCCGUCUGAUUGUACUCUAUACUACAGACCCUGUAUGCACUGACACAGAAUGGUGCCUGUCAGUCUUUCGAUGUUCUUCCUCAGCAUACAACAUUUUCCCGCCCCCCUCAAAACUUAGACACGCAUCUAUCGUGAUUGUUUUCAUUAUAGAUUGAUAUUGCACAGACUUGGUGUACAGAGAGUGAGAGUAACGGUGUGUCUGCGACUCAAAUGUCCUCCUCGAGGGGCACAGGAUUUGUGAUGCUUGUGUAGCCGGUUUUCGAGGUCGCAUGCUCGUGGGCGACGCGAUGUGUGGGAUUGUCAUGAAAGCGCGUCCCUACACGAACAGACGACCCGAAGCACCCACCAUUUCUUUUACUGUGUGUAGGAAAAAGUUUCUGCUUCUGCGGGGGAGGUUAAAGAGACAACUUC